GGGGUGGAGGUCGUACCCUAGCGAGCAGAAUUCGCGGCUUUAUUUUGUUUUAGACAUGCAGUAAAAUGCUGGAAAUGCUGGAAUGGACCUUACAACAACCAAUGUUGGAUCGCUGCAGUGAGAGGUUUAUUUUGUCUGUCUUUCAAGCUCAAUGCACAGUUAACUUUGCCUGUCGCCGCUUAUUUCUUCCCACUUUCUUUUCUGCAGUACACCUUUCGAGAAGACACCCCGACAAGGCUGUUCUCUUCCCACAAACUAUCGCGGCAUCGACUCUGCCAGUACAGCUGUAAGACAGCGGGCGCCGCGCUCUGGUGAACGUCCUGCUGCCUCUGCUGGUGACUAUAUGCGGACUGCCACAGCUGUUCCCAUCGAACGCGUCACACGCCAUCAUUGCGGAGCCGGUGAAGACGAACAAGAAGUUGCGAAAGGCGCUACGAGAAUGGUGAUGUCAUGCCUGAGGAGUGUCAUCCGCGAGGAAGCUCAGGCACUGAGGCUCGAGUUCUUUCGUCAGACGGGCAUCACCGCAGGAGCAGGCGAUAUGAGGCCGAAGAAUAUGGAUGACAACGCUGACUUGCGCCUAGUUGAGGACGCACUCGCAUCUUACGCUGACCAGUGGGCUGACCUAGAGGGCGUCACCGACUGCUUCACGGCGGGUGUCUUCAAGUACCGCUCUUCAUGCUCGGAGACAUUCCGGCCGGAUUCAUGCUCGGACACAUUCCGGCCUCCACCUGCCGGAACCGCAGGAUUUCCAGUCAAAGCUGGGCGCCUGUUUGAUGCACCGACUUUUGAAAUGCCAUCAAUGCAUUGCAGCUCUUAGCGUCACACCAUUCGAUUCCGAGAAGUGCGCAUCGCUUCUUUGCGACGUACUUCUUUACGACGUACUAGUAACACUAAAUAAAUCUGAAUAGAUAUUCUUGCUAAGUGAGUAUGUAAAAUGCAGCGUAAAAAUCCCGAAAUGCGUAGUUGAAGCCCAGCAAACUCUUCUGUCGACCACAAAUAUAGCCUGGCGCGUUACGUUGUCGACGUAGAUAGCCCUGCGCUGUAAAACGAAAUUGACGCAGCCCUUCUUAAACAUUUUAUAUCUCUCAGCAAUGUCGGAGCUUUCUUUUCACGACUGCUUUUGCACGUGUUGGUAUUCAAACCCCUCACCCCCGUUCACCGUCUUUUGUGUUGUGCCUUGGGGCCUUCGACGUGAUAACCAAUGAAUUGAAGCUACAAUUUUAAUUGAAUAAGUGCCAUAAUAUACUUGUAAUGCGCAGUAAAAAAUUGGAAACUCUUCCCUACGAGCCGCAUAUUCAGAGGUUAAGAUGGUGGAAUGGAGAAAUACCACAAGUCACACGGACAUUGUUGCGAACUGUGUUCGAUGUUCCUAGUUAACGAACACCAAGCGUGGCUGGUGUGCCUGUGGAAUAUCCGUGAAAAGGCAGGUAAUAUUUUUAAAUCAAUAACCGUUCAUCAGACUAUCAUUGAAUGAGCGUAAAGUUAAUCUAAUCACUUUGACUUGAUGUUUGGUUGAUGUUUUUUAUAUUUUUUUACCACUUUAGCGCCCCUACAAUUCAAACGCUGGCCAUCUGCAACGAUGCGGUGGCUGCUGGGCGCUGAAGAAUCACACGCAGCACCACUGCCCAAACAGCGCCUGCGUCGUCAAGAACGUAACCUGCUGUCGCAGCAGCGUCAACGUUGGCCCAUCAGAAGCGCACGCGUGGUUGCACUGGCCAUUCUGCAUCGUAGAGUGUGCGCAUCAGGGACACUGUCUAUUAUUUUAGCGUUCGUAUUUUACUUUUCUGCUUUUCCUGACUCUCCCUAACGCGAUUAUUAACGAUAUCUUUGAUUUGAAAGAAAUAUGUUUGUUUCAUUAAAUAAGUUAUCAGCAAUGUACUGAUGUUUGUGGUGAUGUCGGUACCCAUAAGCUGUGCGGCCCGAGGUGAUUGCAAGCUGUGCUGAUGGGUCUGUGAUAAACCUUUAUGAAUCCUUGAAAAGUGAGGAGAGCAAUUCCAUGCAGUUUCUUCAC